GCAUCACCCGAUUAAAAAUGAUCCAAAUCAACCAUAACCCACUUGCACCAACUAGACCUCACAAAUCGAGUGCGAUUACCAUUGUCAUUUCAACCCUCAUUAAAUCAGAUACCUUUCUAUAAACCCUUUAUUAUUUGUUCAAUCUCCACCAUUUUUGUGCAGAAAAAACUCAGAACAAAGACAUGGAUUUCCAAGUGGUUGUACUAGCUGGUGGCACUUCUAAGAAUCUCGUUCCUCUUGUUUCCAAGGAGGUUCCCAAAGCAUUGCUCCCAGUUGGGAAUCGCCCAGUAUUGUCUUAUAUCUUAGACCUUUUGGAACAAAGCAAUCUCAAGGAUAUUAUUGUGGUUGUUGGUGGUGAAAAUGCUGCUGUUAAAGUUGAAGGAUGGAUUUCCAGGGCUUAUGUUGAUCGUCUUCGUGUCGAGGUUGUUGCGGCUCCAGAGGACAAGGGAACUGCUGGAGCACUGCGCACACUUUCCCGCCACUUAAAAGCUAGUGACAUCAUGGUGGUGAGUGGCGACCUUGUUUGUGAUGUUCCUCCGGGGGCUGUAGCUGCUGUUCAUGGACGACACGAUGCUGUUGUGACAGCAAUGCUUUGUUCCACCCCUGUUAGUGGGCCAAUAGAAUCUGCAUCGUCCAGUGGAAAGGAUAAAGCAAAGAAACCAGCAAGUAGUAAUCUUGUAGGGUUGGAUGCCACAAAACAGUUUUUAUUGCACAUAGCUGCAGGCACCGAGGUUAAUAAAGAUAUGCGAGUUCAAAAGAGCAUACUACGUGCCGCAGGCCAGAUGGAGAUCCGAACUGAUCUUAUGGAUGCCCAUCUAUAUGCAUUCAAGAGAUCUGUUCUUCAAGAAGUUCUCGAUAAGAAUCUGAAAUUUACUAGCCUACAGCAGGAUGUGCUGCCCUAUCUUGUACGGACACAGCUGCGAUCAGAUGUUUUGGCAAAUGCGACUAUACAAGCAGAAGAAAAUGGGAAUAGGGUCUCUCCGUCACAUAAAAACCAAGUAAUGCUGUCCCAACUCUUGGCUAAUGCCUCUACCCCGAGCUUCCAUGAGCUGUACGCAUUAGGCCAUAAUGGAUCUGCUCAUUCUCUGAGAAAAACCCACAAAUGCUGUGUUUACAUUGCCAGCAACGACAAGUAUUGUGCACGUUUGAAUUCCAUUCAAGCUUUCUGUGAUAUCAAUCGUGAUGUUAUUGGAGAAGCAAGCCAUCUAUCGCGAUACCCAUUCUCUGCCCACAACAACUUUAUUCAUCCUUCUGCCGAGAUGGGAUCAAAGUCUACUGUCGGACCACAUUGUGUGAUUGGUGAAGGUUCACAAUUGGGAGAUAAAUGUAGUGUUAAACGAUCUGUCAUUGACCGCCAUUGUCGCAUAGGUUCAAAUGUGAAGAUUGUGAAUUCAGUGGUUAUGGACCACGUUACCAUUGCCGAUGGUUGUUCGAUACAGAGUUCUGUUAUUUGUAGUGACGUACAGCUCCAAGAGCGAGCAGUUCUAAAAGACUGCCAGGUUGGAGCAGGUUUUGUGGUUACUGCAGGCAGUGAAUACAAAGGGGAGUCUUUGGCGAAGAAAGAGAAAAAUGUUUCUGUAUGAGCUAUGUUUUGGGCACCUAUCCUUAUGUUUUAAGACCUUAGAUUACUGAAGAAACAAAUGUGAGGGUGGUGGUUCGGAUUUUGUUGUACUUCCAAGUUACCAAAGUUAAUACCAAUUUUGCUCCAUUUAUCCUAAUUCCUA